AUGGAUCCGCUUGAUGAAUCGCCAACAACUCCUCUUCCUGGAACACCACCAUCACCUGGCACCGAAAGGUCACCAACACUGGUAGAGUUCCCAGCACCCAACUUUGGAUCGUCCAAACCCGGUUCCCAUGACGGUGGCAAGAAUGCAGCUACUCCUGAUCGCGUGGUGGUGAAGCAGCAGCAAUUCAAUGUCGACAUUAGCAAGGCGGAUCAGAAGGCGAUUGCGACGACGCUUGCAGCAGCACUUGAGGAGACGAUGCGCAAUGGAGAUAUAUCAUCUGACAAUGUAAAAAAGAGCAGCAGCUGGUGGACCCGAUUGUUACCCAAAAAGUUGAGGGAUGCAGGAUGGCUGAUUAUACCCAAUCAAGAGUAUUGCGAAGAGUGGUGUCAGCAUGCAGGCAUGAUCAUGUUUUCAGUGAUAUCGACAUGGAUGGUGACCAAGAUGGGAGGGGGACUUCCAGGCUGUUUGAUCGUGGGUGGCAUACUCGUAACCUGUUACAGACGAUCUUUACGACGCCUCAAACGCAAUGCAAAAAGCGACUUGGAACACGCCAUGAUUGAACAACGCAUGUUGACCGAUUUCAGUGAAACGGCCGAUUGGCUUAAUCACUUUGUACAGCGCUUUUGGCUUAUUUAUGAACCUAUUCUCUCGGCUCAAAUCAUCGGCAUUGCCGAUGCUAUUCUUAUUGAAUCCACUCCUUCCUUUUUGGACUCGAUCCGUUUAUCCCAAUUUACACUCGGCAACCGACCCUUCCGGAUUGACAGCAUAAAGACUUACCCCCGUACUGAGCCCAAUGUUGUGUGCAUGGAUUGGGAUAUCUCAUUCACUCCCACCAAUGUCCUCGAUAUGACUCAGCGUGAUCUCAAGGCCCAUGUGCGUCCCAAGAUUGUACUCACCAUUCGCGUCGGCAAAGGUCUUCUUGGUGCAGGCAUGCCCGUCCUAUUGGAAGAUUUAUCAUUCAAGGGAAAGCUACGUUUGACAUUGACCUUGUCAAAAAAAUUCCCACACAUCAAGACGGUUGAAGCAUCGUUCCUGGAAAAGCCUCAUUUUGAUUAUGCACUCAAACCUGUCGGAGGUGAAACCUUUGGCUUUGAUAUCAACAAUAUCCCGGGACUGCAAACAUUUGUGCAAGAACAAGUUCAUGCAACUCUAGGACCAAUGAUGUACGCUCCCAAUGUAUACAAGUUGGAUGUGGCGGGAAUGAUGGCCGGCACCACCGAUAUCCACUCAGCCAAUGGUGUCCUGGUCAUGACCAUCUACAAUGCAACCAAUCUCAAGGAGGUCGACUUGUUUGGCACCAUUGAUCCAUACAUCACUUUCCAUGUUGGCAAUACUCGUAAUGCUGAACUUGCACGCACGUCCAUGUACCAUGAUACGAGCAAUCCACGAUGGAAUGAGACCCACUUUAUCUUAUUGAACAACCUUGAUGACACGCUCUAUCUCCAAGUCAUGGAUUACAAUUCUGGUUUUCGUGAUUCACAAAUUGGUGUUGCUGAAUUUGAUUUGACUGAGGUGGAGAAUGCAGCACGCAAAGCUGUACAAGGAUUGCAAUUGACCGUGCUACGUGGUGGAAGACCUGUUGGUCAAGUGGCAUGCGACAUGCGUUAUUUCAGUGUCUCACGCCCUGUGCAUGAUGCCGAUGGUGCUGUUACGAUGCCAGCUGCUGAUUCAAAUAGCGGCGUGUUACAACUCACUGUGAAUGAAUGCAGUGGCCUUGCAGGCGAUUACGUCAAUGCCUCUACUAUUGUACGUGUCAAUGGACGUGAAAGGAUGCGCACAGCGGUGUUCAAGCGUAGCAGCCACCCACGUUGGAACAAAUCCGUUGAGAUUUUUGUGGCCGAUCGUACAAAGAUGGAAUUAUCAGUGACGGUGGUGGAUAACAAGGAAUUCGCUGAUGAUGAAGUAAUUGGUCGUUGGAGAAUGAUGCUUGAAGAUUUGCUGCAACAAGUCCCAAUGGGUGUUGGAUGGUGGGGUCUUAAGGAUGGUCCAGGCCAUAUCAACCUAUCAGCUACUUGGAAGCCCAUUGUCAUGGCAGACAUGUUUGCCACCCCAGCCAUGCCUUCAGGUCAACAACGAAAUCCUAUUGGUGUGGCACGAUUGCAUAUUCAUGCAGCACGUGAAUUGGUCAAUGUGGAAGCAGUGGGCAAAUCCGAUCCUUAUGUACGCGUUCUCUCUGGCACACAAGUACGCGCACAAACCGAAUAUCGUGAUGAUGAUUUGGAUCCUGAAUGGGACACCACCUUAUAUGUGCCCGUGCAUUCCAUUUAUGAAAACUUGGUGCUUGAAGUCAUGGAUUUCAAUAGCAUCACCAGUGACGUAUCCAUGGGCUUAUACGAUUUGUCUCUCAAGCGCAUUGUCAAGGAACAUGCUAUGGCGGAUGGUCAAACGUAUCAUGAAGCAUGUGGCGUCUUCGAUGAAUGGGUGGAUCUCAGCAGCCCUGAUCGUACAGUGGAAAAUGACAUGGGCCAAUUACACAUUACAGCUUCCUUUAUCCCUGUAAUGCAAACACGUACCAUUAACACCACCAAUGAUGAAGACGAGCAAGUUGUGGUGGUACAACCUCCCAAAGAUCUCCAUGGUGAACGCAUCAAGUAUACGACUAUUCAGGAUGAGGGUGACCAACAACAAGUGGAUUUGAUGGCAUAUGAAUCAGGCGUCUUGUGUGUCACUGUGAAUGAAGUCAAGCUUCCAGAACCCAUCAAAGCCAAGGUUGAUCUUUUAUUGGAUUCGAAUGACCCACAAUUUACUACCACUGAACGCAAGGCGGGUCAACUUUUCUUUAAUGAAACAGGCGAUGCAUUCGUUAAAGAGCUUGACUUUUCAAAGUUGAUGGUGCGUGUGCGUCCUGGUCGUGGUGAAAAGGUGGAUGGUGGCCUUGGAUACUACAACAUUGCUGUGCGUGAAAUUGUGCGUCGCAUCAUGGCUGGCAACGGUGACCAACAAGCGUUUGAUCUUAUUGAUGGCAAUGGUGGUUCGGUUACAUUGAGCUUCAAGUUUAUUCCUGUUGUCCAUUUUAAAUUGGAUGCUAAGGAAAGCUUAGAAAAUCAAGGCAACCUCACUGUCACCGUACUAUCAGCAUCCAAUUUACCAGCUGUUGACCGAUCUGGCACCAGUGAUCCAUUUGUCGUGUUUUACUUGGAUGGUCAAAAAGUACACAAGACCGAAGUUUACAAGAAGCAACUUGAUCCUAAAUUCAAGGACGAGGUGUUUACUGUUCCUGUGCCCAACCGCAUCGAUGCUAAACUAACGGCCGAGGUAUAUGAUUGGGACCAAUUUGGUAAAGAUCGCAUGAUGUGCGAAUGCGAGAUCCUUUUCGGUGCCAAUGACCUCGAAAGCUUUGCUGCAAGAAACCUUUCGUUCAAAAUGAAGGACCAUCCACAAUCAUCACUCAAAGCUCGUUUACUAUGGCAGCCCCAAUUAUUGGCACGCAAGCGUACUGGUAGUCAGCUAUUGUUCAAUGCUACUACACGCAUGUUUACCUCAGCACCUGGUGCUGUCUUUGGUGUUGGUAAAGACGUCUUUGGCCACAGCAUGUCAGCUAUCAAACGAUUUAGCACCAAUGCAAGCUCGAUCAGCACAAAGAUUAUGGAGGAAAGUGAACCUCUUGAAUCGCUUCAAGGCACAGCUGCACUCCAAGUGACAUUGGUGAGCGCACGACGACUCAAGGCAAUGGAUCGAUCGGGUACAAGUGAUCCUUACGCUCGUGUUUCGCUUGAUGAUAAAGUUAUCCACAAGACACGAUCCAUGAAAAAGACAUUGCAUCCAGAAUGGAAUGAAAACUUGCGUACGAGAAUCAUCAAUGACAGCAGCAAGCCCGCCAUGCUCGAAAUCAAAGUCAGGGAUUGGAAUACUUUUACGGAUGUAGAUAUUGGCGAGUGUACUUUUAACGUAUGGGAUCUGAUCCAGAAUGACGCCUUAUUCUACGAUGGAUGGCUUCCACUGCAACCUGAAGGCACAGGCGAAAUCCAUAUCCGUGUACGAUUGAUGCAAUGA